UAUCCACAGGUGAUUGAUCUCUGUCGCCCCAAAGUUCUACAUUUGCAGCGCUUUCUUCCAGUCGAGUCGUCAGUCCAAAGAUCAGACCCCAAUUGAAUCGAGAGCGCUCCCAGUUGCUGCUGCUCCUCUGGCCCGAUGGUGUGCUCUCAGGUCGUCUCCCCUUCUGUUCUCUGCUCUUUGGGGCAUUCAUUGUACCACCCCACUCCUGGCUGUGCACGUGUUGCCCCUGCGGCCUGCCCUAGUUUCCCAAAUGCAUUUUUAGGGGUGCUCACAUGGCAGGGUCUGGACCCCCACCGACUGCAGCUUGGGCCGGGGGGGCCCUUGGGCGGCAGUGCCAUGCGGCAUGAGCGGAUGGGGCCUCCAGGGUGCUCACAGCGAUCGGUGCGGGCAGAGGCUGGAGCGGGGGCAGCGGACAUGCCGGCCGAGGGCGGAGGAGCCAGUCCUUUGAAGGCGGUGGCCAGUCCGAGCGGAGCUGCGCCCGCCGUGGAGGCUGGCAGCAGGGCCGGGAAGCGGGGGCGCGGGGGGGCGCGGUCCAAGGAGAAGCGACGGUUGGUGCUGCUGCGGCACGCCAAGAGCUCCUUUGCGGACCUUACCUUGCGAGACCACGAGCGGCCGCUGGACGAGGCAGGUCGGGCAUCUGCGCGCGAAGUGGCGGCGAAGCUGAAGACUGCGGGCUGGCUGCCCAAGCUGGUGCUCUGCAGUGACAGCCUGCGCACGCGCGAGACGCUGGCGGUGAUGCAGAGCGAGGUGGGCGAGCUGGCAGAGGCGGAGACGCGCUUCUUGGGCAGCUACUACACCAAGAGCCAGCUGGACGGCCAGACCGCGCAGCACCUGCGCGAGACCAUCUGCAAGUACGCCGCCGACGCGCUUGCCACCGUCAUGUGUAUGGGCCACAACCGGGGGUGGGAAGAGGCUGCCAGUGACUUCACGGGGCUGCAGCUCGAGUUGAAGACCGCAAACGCUGCACUGCUAGAAACGACAGGGGACUCGUGGGAGGAUGCUUUCGAACACGCCCACAAAGGCGGCUGGAAACUGUGCGGCCUGCUCACACCGGACCCCGCAGGGUAGCCAGCUCAGCCAGGACCGGCGGGCCAAACGUUGGGAGGUCAAUGCCUUGUGUGGCGCAUGUGGUCACAAAGGCAAGUGGCUGGUUUAUUGAGUUGCUCCAUAAGAUUUUCUGCAACUGUAUAUAACUAUUCCAGAUGCACGAGGGGCAUAGGCGUGCUUCGAUUAAGCAAGGUGCGUUUCUCAUUGCCAAGGAGGUCCACUAAAGUGGGGACUGUUGGUUUUGCAAUCUUUUGGCAUGUCAAUCUGCAUACAUCUUUGUUUUUGCCAAAGUCGCAAUACUGAUCUUAAAAGAUGUUCGGGGGACGAUUGGACUCCUUUGCAUACACCGUCCAACAUUUUCAAUCAACAAUGAUGCGCUCUCUGAAAAAUCGUGGAAAAACUCGAGCAGAGCAAGUUAAAAUCUGCGGUCUGGCAGAUUACCAACCAAUGGAGUCAGGAUACCCCUGUGAAAGAUAAAGCUAUGGUCACGUUGAAUUAUCC